GUGGGGGACAGUUGAGGGGUGGCUAUGACAGACGACAAGGGUGGUGUAAGGAUGGUGGUAGAAACAUCCAGGGAUUUUUUUGUGGCGGCGAUUUCAGGCGGCCGGCGGCGGUGGCCGAAUUGACGACAGUGAUAGGGGUAAACGCGGCGGCAGAACAGAUCUGGAAUUUUUUUACAGAUUCCGGCGAGCAGCGGGCAGCAACUCCGGUCUUUUCCAAGCUUUAAAGAGCACUCCUAUUCGAGGAAUUUUAGGAGCUCCCUCCUGUUUUUGAACAUUUUCUGUGUUUUGCUUGGAUUAUCUCUUAUUGCGACGUACUCCGUAUCUAUUUUCAGCCAAAAAAUCCUCCUAGCCCUAAACUCUCUUUGAUUGCCCAUGGCCAUAUCGGUCCCGUGUGGAAGAAGAUCUGCCAUUUCUGCGCAAAGUUUGUGUUCUUUGGCUUUUGAACUGACCCGCGGUUCAAGCAAGCCCGGUCCAAGUAAGUCUUAUUCGGACCCCACCUGUUGCUUUCGAUUUUCAACCGGAGCUAGAGCACAAAAGUUCACUAAAAACUCCAUUGAUAUUCUACACAUUUCUCAAAUUCUGUCACGAAAGGACUGGUGCCUGCUUUUAAACCACGAGUUUAGGGCUAAAAGGGUACACCUGAAUCCUCGAUCAAUCAGUAGCGUUUUGCAAAAUCAACAAGACCCAUUGCUCCCUCUCAGGUUCUAUACAUGGGUUUCUAACAUCGACGUCAGUUUUGCUAAAAACCAGCAGGUUCGUUCUGUGCUAGCUAAUGUGCUAUACAGAAAAGGUCCCAUCUUGUUAUCUUCUGGAUUAGUUCAUGAUAUCCAAAAUUCUGGGCAUAGAAUCAAUGAGGAUUUGUUAUGUGUUUUGAUUGGUAGUUGGGGAAGAUUGGGGCUGGCUAAGUAUUCUGCUCAGAUUCUUGAACAGCUUUCAUUUUUAGGUCUAAAUCCUACUACCAGGUUAUAUAAUGCUGUCAUCCAUGCUUCAAUACAGUCGAAUUCACUAGACUUGGCUUAUCUGAAGUUUCAGCAAAUGCAGGUGGAUGGUUGUUUCCCAGAUCGGUUUACUUAUAAUAUUCUGAUACACGGAGUUUGUAAAGCUGGUUUAAUGGAAGAAGCAGCUCGGUUAGUGAAGCAGAUGGAGGGAAUAGGGUUUGACCCCAAUGUAUUUACUUAUACGUCCUUGAUUGAUGGUUUCUGUAAUGUAAGUAGAGUAAAAGAUGCUUUUCAGAUGAUCGAGACGAUGAAGAGUAGGAACGUGAUCCCAAAUGAGGUUACGUUGAGGGCUUUGGUGAGAGGAGUGUUUCGCCAUCUACCAUCGAUUGAGGCUUUUGAAAUGUUAUAUGAAUGGAUUAAGAAGGAACGUGUUUUCCCUAAGGUGGUGGGCGAUGCUAUAAUAAGUUGUCUCUUUGAUAAUUCCCUGCCAAUGGUGGCUGUUGAUUUUUUAAAAAAAUCUUUAAUUUGGGGAUACUUACCCGACAAUCAAACAUUUAACAUGACCUUGAUUUGUUUAAUCAAGGGGUUAAAGGUUGAUGAGAGCUGUCAACUGUUAGAUGUUUUUUACAAACGGGGCUUGAAGAUAGGGUUUGAUGCUUACCUUUUGCUCAUUGGAACUCUUUACCAAAUGGGAAGAGUAGAAGAAGGGAAUCUUUAUGUGGAUCAAAUGUUCCAAGCGGGACUUGUUUCGAACACAUUCUCGUACAAUAUAUUGAUUCACAAUUUCUGCACAAACAAAAUGAUGUACCGAGCUUCAAAGGCUUUGAAUGAUAUGAUGAGUUUAAGUACUCCCUCCAUCCCUAAAAAGGAGUCUUGUUUGCUCAAGGACGGAGAGAGUAAUAUUCGACCAAAUCUCGUCACUUUCAACACACUCAUCGAUGGGUAUUGCAAGUUAGGGGACCUAACACAGG